AUGGCUAACAAAAUCUUAGGACAUUUUUUGAGAAGUAGACCGUCUAUGAUGAUGUUCAAGCGAUGGGAGAGCUCGGAACCGGAGAAACGCGUUACUAUCCACGAUCCAUUUUACUCACAGCCACAGAAGAACAAGGAGACAUACUUGGAAGUAGUAAAAAUGUUCGAAGGCCGGGACAACAGAAGACGAGGUCAUGUCGAGUUUAUAUACGCUGCUUUAGCAAGAAUGAAGGAGUUUGGUGUCCAAAAAGAUCUCGAAGUAUAUAAGGCGUUAGUCGAAGUGCUACCUAAAGGAAAGUUUAUUCCGAAAAAUAUAUUCCAAGCAGAGUUUAUGCAUUAUCCGAAACAGCAGCAGUGUGCCGUGGACUUGUUGGAACAAAUGGAGGACAAUAAAGUUAUGCCUGAUACGGAAAUGGAACAGAUGCUGCUGAACAUAUUUGGUGCCCGAGGUAUACCUCUGCGCAAGUUCUGGCGCAUGAUGUACUGGAUGCCAAAGUUCAGAAACUUAAGUCCUUGGUAUUUACCUGAACAACUGCCUAAUGAUACAACUGAAUUAGCUAAACUUGCUAUUCAGAGGAUAACAUCAGUGGACCCAGAUACCAAAGUUGAAAUCUGGCAGACAGAAGAAAUAGAAGCUUCAUUAGACAAGACCUGGGUGGUGAGUGCUCAAAGUGAAGCGCAGAAGAUACUCCUUGCAGACCAGCCAACUGAUGACCCAUUGGUUGUGAAGGGACCAUUUAACAUUUACUUGAGAGAACAAGUGGUCAACUACUUCUUACUAAUUGGAAAAACAAGACCAGAAAUUAAAGAUAACACAGAUCCUGAUGAUGUUUCAAAUAUUGAGAAGCCUCCUGGAAUUCCUGGGCUUAUUGGCACUACAACACUACCUGCAGUGAGGCAAACAGUUCAUGAACAGGAUGAUGGUACAAUAGUAUCAGUGUGUGCUACAGGCACCUCAUCAAGAGAUUCCUUACUAUCAUGGAUCAGGUUACUAGAAAAGCAUGGCAAUCCUCAACUUUCUAAUAUACCAGUUAUAUUCACACUAACAGCACCUCCAAGUGAGAUAGCGAUACAAGAAACUCAGCCAGCUAUAAAGGAUAGCAAAGAAAAAGAAAAAUCUAGAAUUUAA